AUGGCCCCCCAAAAACCAUCCGCCACCGCCCUCCGCCACGCCCGCAUCACAAACUCCAUCCACCCGCUCGCCCCCCAAAAGACGUUCCGCGCAAACGCCUCAACAACAGACUCCUUCCUCUCCUCCAAGCGCGACAAGCGCACCAUCAAGCACUCCUCCUUCGUCUCCCGCAUCUCCUCCACAGCCCGCAUCUCCAAAUCCGCAAAGCCCCGCCGCCGCGCAAAGAAGAACGCCACCCUCAGCUCCCUCGACAGUCUCGCCGAUGCGCUGCCCGAGCUCGCCGACGGGGAGGGCGCCGCCGAGAUCCUUGAUGGCAAGAUUAAGCACCAGAGCUUGCGCAGCAAGAAGGGUGCUUUGAAGAGGAAGGAGAGGCUGUUGAAGGGCGAGAUGGCGAGGUUUGGUGUGAGCAUGGCGCAGCUGUCGCAUUUGCCUGCGCAGCAGCAGCAGAAUGCGAUUCCACAGCCUGAGAAGUCUUCGUUGCCUCCGUUGACGAUAUCUAGCGGGACAGCUACCUCGGCGCCAGCUCCGGCGGCGUCGAAUAGAUGGGCUGCGCUGAGGGGAUAUAUUUCUGCCACCAUGGAGCAGAAUCCGGCAUUUGUGAACAAGGAUUAG